AAAAGUAAAAACAAACCAGAUUCUUCGGUGUUCAAACUUUUUUUUCAGCAAAACUGUUUCCUGAUAUAAACGUGUACUAUACAAAUCUUUGUAUUAAUCAAAAAGAAAUGGAUUGCAAGAAAUGUUUGGCAUUGAUAUUAAUGAUUGCUGUUGUAAUGGGAGAUAACUCCAGUAAUGAAGGGGUACAGAAACAUGUGGUCAUUGUUGGAGGUGGCAUAGCUGGUCUUGCUGCCGCUAGGAAGUUACAGAAUACUGGUCAGUUUGUGGUCAAUGUCUUAGAGGCCAGGAGGGAGAGGUACGGAGGCAGGAUAUUCACAGAUCGUUCAUCAGUUAAAUUUGCAAAAGGAAUGGAAGUAGAUAUAGGUACUAACUGGUUGAAUUCAAUGGUAAAAGACAACCCAUUGGCUAAGAUAGUAUCUGACGGGGAACUAGAAGUGAAAUCGGCAGGAAGUGUCCAACUCCACUUUCCAGAGAAGGGACAAGUUUAUACAGGGGAUGAUGCCAACAAAAUAUUCACAGAAUUUUAUAAAAUAACUCUGCAAGCCAUGCAAAAGGCAACGGACAACGGAAGAGACCUAGAUCUAAAGAAAGCGAUUCAAAGUGUUUUACGAGAUGAAGAGACGGUGGCUGACAAAACCUUGCUGUCGUCAGUACUGGAAUCACAUUACACUAUGUCUCUAUCUGAUCACUCCACACAAAUGUUUGAUCCUAAAAAAGAAUUUGGUUGGGAUACCGCUGUAGUUGAUGGCUUUGAUCAGAUUGUUGACAUCCUUGUAGGAGGACAAAGAAAGGAGAGCACACUAUCUGUAGAGUUAAGGAAACCAGUACGACAGAUAGAGGUUAACAAAACACGGAACAAGGUUUUGGUGAGAACCAGAGAUCUGAAGCAGUAUGAUGCUGACGCUGUGGUGGUUGCCCUACCUUUAGGAGUAUUAAAAACAGAAACAGUAAUAUUUGAUCCUCCCUUGCCUAAAGGAUGGAAGAAAACUAUAGAAAAUAUAGGAAUUGGAUUUAGUAAUAAGCUAGUCUUACAGUUCAACAAAGUAUUUUGGCCAGAAGAUGUAGGUAUAUUCACCAUGGUGACCAGUAACCAGGACGACAUGGGCAUGCUUCAGACCUGGGUAAAUUUACAUCGCUAUGUCAACAAACCUUUACUGAUGGGAAUGUUACAUGAUCAAGCUGCUGUCAGGUUUGAAAAUAUGACAGACGAGGAAAUCAAGGAAAAUGCAAUAAACAUUUUAACAAAAUUAUUUGGUGAAGAAAAAUUGAAAGAUGUCACAACAACCAUAGUAACAAAAUCUAAGUGGAAUUCAGACAACAAAGUAUUAGGAACUACUUCAUAUCCUAAAGUUGGUAUUUUACCAGAAAUGUUUGAUUCUUUGACCAAACCUGUAUGUCCAUAUAUUUAUUUUGCUGGGGAAUAUACGUCAUUGGAACACAUGAACACAGCUCACGGAGCUUAUUUAUCUGGCAUAAGAGCUGCAGAUCAAAUCAUUUCUAAUUAUUGUGCAAAGGAACCGUCAAAAGAAAAGAAAGUAGAGACCGGUAAAGGAAAAACAAAGAAAGAGAAAAAAUCUGAAAAGAAAAGAGAAAAUCAGAAAGAUGAUAAAUUAAAGGAUGAGCUGUGAUCAUAGAAAAAUGUUAUGGGUUUCUUUAUGAAUAAUUAAAUUUCUUAUGAUUUUGGAGGGAUUUAUUCUCAUGUUAAGGUGUUUUUUUUAAAGGUGAAAUGUAACAAUAAAAUAUAUGUAAUUAGAUGCUAAUUUAUAAAGAAUAGAGAAUCAUGUUCAAAAUUUAUAAAGAACAGAGAAAAUAUCAUAAAAAAUAAAAAUACAGAAAUGUAGAAUAAUUCAUCCUUUCCUUUUAUGUUUAAAUAAUACAUGUAAUAUGUCAGCAAAAUUUUAUCCAAAUGACAAAAUAACUGAGACGUUACCUUUGUAAAUUCGAAAGUUCUGCAUUAUUCAUUUGAAUGAAAAAUAAAACUUUCAAUAUUUUCUGAAAUGAGUCAAAUGACAGUAUUAAACUAGAUGAAGCACUUAAAUUCAAACUCAAUUUAAAUAAAAGAUGAUAUGUGAGUUAUAUUUUUUCCUGACAUGUUUAACAUGCAUUUAUAUCUAUUCGAAGAAUAUUCAUGGAGAUAGUAAAUCAAUUAUAAAUUAUACAAUUGACCUGUUUUUAAUGGAAGGCAAUUUAUGCAAAUAUUUUUAUGUCAUAUUUUCAUGUGACACAAGGUUAUUGCUUGUUCUGAUUUUUUUAUGGUAAUUAAAACAAAAAUUAUUGAAAUUCUGUAGUGAACAAAUGUGAAAAAUAAAAUAAGUAGCACAAUUGGUUAAUGUAUUUAAAUUAAUACAAGUAGCUGUAGAAUAAACAUUAAAUUAAUGUACAUGUAUAUGAACAGGUGCUGUUAACAGAUUAUAGUGUCAUUAAAUGUAGUACUAAACUUAUUGUAUUCAAGGAUUUGCAAAUCCUUGUUGUAUUAAGGCAGUCAUAGUAUGAAAUUUUGUAUUUUUUAUUACUAUGUAUUCACUUUUGUCAAGCCAUCAACUUUUGUUGA